GAAUUAAAUCGAGCGUGUAUUUCUUGUAUUUUGUGGAUUGUUGGCCCAAUAAACCCAAUGAGAGGGAGCGUGGGCGUCAUCUCCGUCCAAUAAAAAAAGGAUGCGUGGGCGAAGAGGAGAAUCAAAGCAACUACUCCUGGCAGCAGCAGCUAGCCAGCUACCCCUGCUUGCUUUGCUUUGCUUCCCCGUCGAGGAAGAAGAAGAUGGGGGGCGUGGGCGUCUCCCUUGCGCUGCUCGCCGCCGUCGUCCUCUCCGCCGCUGCUGCUGCCCCGCAGCUAGCGGGAGCAGCCAAGGCAGAGCAUUCCCUAGGAAUCAUCCAGAAGGACAUCAUUCAGACGGUCAACAAGCAUCCCAAUGCCGGGUGGACGGCUGGACACAACCCCUACUUCGCAAACUACACUAUUGAGCAAUUCAAGCAUAUCCUGGGUGUGAAGCCAACGCCUCCGGGUUUGCUCGCUGGUGUUCCAAUCCAAACCCAUCCAGAAUCAGUGGAUCUCCCCAAGGAGUUUGACGCUAGAACUCAAUGGUCCAGUUGCAGCACAAUUGGGAACAUACUUGAUCAAGGUCACUGUGGUGCCUGUUGGGCCUUUGCUGCCGUGGAAGCUCUCCAGGAUCGUUUCUGUAUUCAUCUCAACAUGAGCGUCACACUUUCGGUCAAUGACCUACUGGCUUGCUGUGGUUUUCUGUGUGGUAGCGGUUGUAAUGGAGGAUAUCCUAUCAGCGCAUGGCGCUACUUCCGUCGCAGUGGUAUCGUCACUGAGGAGUGCGAUCCAUACUUCGAUCAGACUGGUUGCCAGCAUCCUGGAUGCGAGCCAGCUUAUCCUACACCAAAAUGUCAAAGGAAAUGCAAGGUGCAGAACCAAGUGUGGAAGGAAAAGAAGCAUUUCAGUGUUAAUGCGUACAGAGUACAUUCUGAUCCCCAUGACAUCAUGGCAGAGGUCUACAAAAAUGGCCCUGUAGAAGUUGCUUUCACCGUUUAUGAGGACUUCGCACACUACAAGUCAGGAGUGUACAAGCACAUCACAGGUGGCGUGAUGGGAGGUCACGCCGUCAAGUUGAUUGGUUGGGGAACCAGUGAUGCUGGCGAGGAUUACUGGCUUCUUGCAAAUCAGUGGAACAGAGGCUGGGGUGAUGACGGGUACUUCAAGAUCAUAAGGGGCAAGAAUGAAUGUGGCAUCGAAGAAGAUGUUACUGCCGGUAUGCCCUCGACAAAGAACACGGCCAGAAACAAUGAUGUCGCCUUUGGAACGGCCAUACUUUGAGCAGCGCCCUGGUUACAAACACGGUUGAAGUUAGCUGUUUGCAUGUCAAAUGAAGCCAGUAAAUUAGCUUUGAUGGUUCCAGGAUACUGUAUUAUGUACACUAGCGCAAACGCUGAUAUGUUGCUGAAACAACACCUUGUUCAGAAACAAAAGGGAGUAAUAAUAAUACCAACAAAACCAUAAGGCUGUCAUCUCUAA